AUGAACAGCAUGCUUCCUCAGAGGAGUGCUGUGGCCACACUGGGCUACAGCUCAGAUUGUGCAAAGCUUGAGCGGAGCAGCGGUGGCUCAGUGGGUGGCUCAUUGCUGAGAGGCUCUCGCUCUAAGGCAGAGCUUCAGGACCUGAUGGAGACGCUGCAGCGCAGGAAGAGUGCUCUGGAGGCCAGUCUGCGGGCGGCUGAGUGCAACCGCAAAUACCUCAGCGUGCCUUCACCUGUUGGAUCCCAGUCCGCCAGGCCACUGUCGAUGCUUGGAAAUACUGAACGGCCUCCAUCUGCCUCCAGAACUUUGAACUACAUGACCAGCAGCAGCGUGCCUCCAUCACCUCGCCAAGGUGAACGCCAGUUGAGCCCUAACGGCUUUCUUCGUCAUUCCCACUCUCGCCACCAGUCACAAGACAGUCUGCUCCUCUCUAACGCAGCAGAUGGGAGCUCUCAGAUGUCCUCCUAUGGGCAGCCCCUACCUCGCUCUCCCAGGGUCAAAAGUGGAGCAGCCAGCGUGCCGUCCAGCCCUCGCAUGGGUCGCCGGCUCUACUCUCAGUGCAAAGCUGGAGGGGAAAGCCGGCAGAGGAAAUACUCAACUGGCUCCCUCAACAGCCUGGGGAUGCAUAGUCGUUCUCUGCCACGGCUUCACAACGCAGCAGACCCCCCUGCUCUGUCGCUACCGUCACGACACUCGGUGGGUUCCCACAGAGGCUCGGCAGGGCAGCGACGUAGUCUCUCCUCCCUGGAGCAGCCACCAGAUGUGACAGUACCAGCCAGCAUGCCCAGCACUCCCAGGAGGGCCAGCCUUGCUUCUCUGAGCUCUCUGGGUGUAGAGCUGGAUGGGACAGGCUUAGAUCUAGGCUUCGGAGAGAGGAGGUUGUCCUUUGGGAAGGGUGGGCUGGGUCCAGGUCAAAGGGUGGGCAGCAUCAGCUCUUUGAAUGGCAAAGAGGAGCUGAGAGACUAUCACCAGCACCAGAGAGAUGAACGACUCAGGGAACAGAAAGUGCAGAGAUUGGAGUGCCAGCGUCUAGAGACCAUCUUAAACCUGUGCACUGAGUUUGGCCAUGUGGAGAGAGAGCCGGCGGGCUCAGCAGUUUCUGACCUGCAGAAGAUCAAUAAGGAGCUGGAGAAGCUGCAGGUGUCAGACGAUGAGUCAGUGUUCUCCGACUCUCCCAGCAGCACCGCUCCAGAGAGCUGUUUUGCAGCCAAAGCCAGAGACUUCCAACUCGCUGAGGAGCAGCAGGUCAGCCAGCGUCAGCAGAGCGUCUACAGAGAGGCCAGGUCCCACUCACCGGCCAUCAGCCUCAACAGCAGUGCCCCCUCCCCCUCCACCCACCACAGAGCCAAAGCCUUGGAGAGCGCGCAGCGAAAACAGGAAGUAACGCAUAUAGAGGAAGAGAGGAUUCAAGUUGUGAACAACAUAGAGGAGCUGGAGCAGAAGAUCAAAGACCUGGACAACCAGAUGGAGGAGUCUGUCCGAGAGAUGGAGGUGGAGUGUGCUCUGCUGGAGGGGGAACAGGAGUCAGAGAUGACCCAGCUGCAGAGGGAAAAGGAGCUUCUGGACCAACUUAAGAAAAAGAUACAUAGUAAUGAGAAGACAAGCAACACUCAGAAAUCACAGGAAACUGAGGAGCAGACUAAAAGUUUGGAGGAUUUGGAGUUUCAGAAGCUGGAGAGAGAAAUUAAUCAGGACGAAGAAAAAGAGAGUCAGAGCAAAGAGCUGCUGCGAGAGAUCGCCGAGUGUCAGCGUAUUGCUGUCACACGCAAAGAAAGACUCAUGACGCUGAAGAAACAGUCCUCACAGAUUACCUUACAGGCUCAGCAAGAAAGAGAGAACUUCCAGAGAGAGAAAAACAAUUUGCUUGUCAUGCUUCAGAAGGAGAGAGAGAAACUGGCGUCUUUGGAAGGAAAGUAUGCAGAGUUGUCUGAGGGGCAGACAUUUGCUAACAGCUCUGUAGCCAUCAAAGAGCUCUCUCUGAAGGAAAGGAGAAGAAGCAGCAAAGAAAACUCUCCCCACCCGAGUGACAGUCUACCUCAUAAGAGGAGCCAGCAGCUCCUCACCUCUUAUGGCAGAUCCCUGGGACGCACGCUUCCUCCCAAGGCCCACUUGCCUCUGUCCCAAAGCUCCAGCUGUGGCAGCGUCAUCCCACAAGGCUUCAGCUUCUCCCCCCGGGACCUGAGCACCCGACGCCUGCCCAAAACAGACAACAACCAUGCACACAUGAAUGAAGACAGACAGAGAAGAAGUGAUUUUUGCAGCAGGAUGAUUUCCGAGCCCAGCGUGUUCUUGGACUCCUUCACCUACCCGGACCACAGCCAGACCUCAGACACCGUCAGUGUGGACAGCUCUGACAGCAUGGAGACCAGCUUCUCCGCCUGCUCCCCAGACAACAUCUCCAGCGCCAGUACGUCCAAUAUGGCAAAGAUUGAGGAGAUGGAGCGUUUACUCCGAGAGGCCCAGGCUGAGAAACAAAGACUCCUUGAGCAUCGGGAGCGUGAGAUGGAGAUGCGAAGGCAUGCUCUGGAGGAGGAGCGACGAAGAAGGGAGGAUCUGGAGAAACGACUGCAGGAAGAGACAAGCAGGAGACAAAAACUUGUAGAGAGAGAAGUGAAGCUCAGGGAGAAACAAAGAUCACAGUCACGGCUGUUGACUCGCUACCUCCCUGUAAGGAAAGAUGACUUUGAUCUUCACGGCCAUAUCGAGGCAGCUGGACACAACCCAGACGCCUGCUUCCAUCUGGCCAUCACUGAUAAAACCUGUCGAGGCUUCCUUGUCAAAAUGGGAGGCAAGAUUAAGACCUGGAAGAAGCGCUGGUUUGUCUUCGACCAGAAUCGCAGGACGCUCACUUACUAUGCAGACAAACAUGAGACCAAGAUGAAAGGAGUCAUUUACUUCCAAGCCAUAGAGGAGGUGUACUACGACCAUUUGAAGAAUGCACACAAAAGCCCCAACCCCUCGCUGACGUUCAGUGUGAAGACCCACGAUCGGGUGUACUACAUGGUGGCUCCGUCGCCUGAGGCCAUGCGUAUCUGGAUGGAUGUCAUGGUUACGGGGGCCGAAGGACACAUGCAUUUCAUGGUGUAACAGAUCCCAACAGAUCAGGGUCCAAACCCUUAAAAUUUUUAUCAAACGUUGUGGCACUCUGCUACUAUCAACGUGAGAUUGAUGUUCAUCAGGUCAACAAUUAACUUCUGUUUACACUUGUAUUAUUUUUAGCGUUCAAAUCAUGUUUAAAAGCACACUUUAUGAUAUAAUCAUGUAUAAUAUCAAAACACUUGAUAUACAGGUUUCAUAAUUAAGCUAUUUAGUUGUUCUUUAUGUACCGAAAGAGGAUGAAGCAUCAGAAAAUUAAUUUAGUCGUUUUUUUUGUCCAACUUCCUUCUCUGCUUGUAUCAUACACUCACUGUUAUAUUUGUCUUGUUUUUAGUAAAAACUGGAUCAGGGAAGCUUCUAAAUGAUCAGAAAAGCAACAACUGCUACACUUCUAAACUGCUUUACAUACCAAUGCUGAUUGUCUAUGUCAGAUGCAGAUCUGCCAAAAAAGCUUUCUAUAACCUUGCCUUUUGUAAUGUACAAAUCUCGAUAUGUUAUUCAUCUUCCCUCCUCUUUACUUCUUGUUGGAUGUCAGGCUGUAUCAGUUGGUUACAACUUCUUGCCGAUCUUUUCCCAGAUAAGAUCAUCCCAUCUGUAUUUGUGUUUGCUAGAAUGCACAUUUGUAUUUCAACUAUUAUUUCUAUAUUGUAAUUAGUGUGAGUAUUAUUUUACAUUUUUAACUCAAGCAUUUCAUUGCUGCUGCCAGACUACAAGCAUAAGCUGCGAUUGUCUGCUUUUUUAAAGCGGGCUUGAAUGUCCACCAUCCGUAUUUCUUAAAACCACAUACAUGUCUCUUUGCGUCACUUUUAUUCCUGUGAGUCCUAAUUUGGGUUUUUCUUUUCAUAUGCAAACUUCAGUCACUUUUCAGGUUUUAUUUUUAUGAAGUAUUAGUGUUUGUUGGGAAUUAUUCUUCUCAUAAAAGUAGAUAAUCUGCCCUAAUCACAAUGGUACUGUGUUUCAUGCAUACCACUCUGCAGCUAGCUCCCUGUAUAGUAGAGGCUGCAGGCCUGAUAGGAUGAGGCCAUGUAGUGCAGCAGUGAUGCUGUUUGUACUGCAUCACCCGCAUGUUUCUCUUAAGCAUGUCAUUAUGUUUUUUCACCAGCAGAGGUCCUCAGUGCAGAGGUAUUGCACUCAAAUGAGGUAAUGCCAGGGCCAGUUGGUCCAUACUAAUCAAUGAUCCAUGUAAUGCCUAUAUAUCAAAUAUGUGCAUUUAUAAGCACAUGCAUAUCUAUAUAAUAUUUGCUUAUUAGAAGCAAGACAGAAAUCACUUUCAGAGCACAUUUGAAUGUUUUGUUAAAUCUAUAUGUUUGAUAUGUAUGUUUUUUUACUCUUUGCAACAGUCUGACUGUAUUUGAUCAUGAAAGAUCACUUUAACAGCAAGUGACCAGCUGUUGGUUUACAGGAUGCACAGUGCAGAGGAGGCCUCAGAGCUGACAGUGUUGCAGAUGAGUUGUUGCCUCUCCUGGAUGCUUCUCAGUGAACAGAGGUAUCUGUCAUGUUAACGUCUCAGCUGCAAACUGUCGGCCUCUGUAUGAGACACAAGCCUUGAAACCAAAGAAAUUACUACAUUUAUAUAUAUAUUUUUAAUGCAUUAAAUAUUUUAUAUUUUGUAUAUAAACAAUGGCAAAUUUAAUCAACUCUAUGCUACUUUUUUUUAAUAAUUGACA